AAACUCAAUCAAUCUUGUUUGUAUGAUUGCAGAAAAAUUUGGAAAGAGAUUUCAGUUGAAUUAAACAAAUUUUAUCCAUUCGAAGCAACGCUCCCAAACUUGACUCUCGACGUAUACGAUAUAAUUAUAAUAACAAUAACAUUCGCGCAAACAUGGCACAUGUGGGUGAUGUGACAGCUGAUCAAUUGAUAGCAGGAAGCAGCGUUCUGUCCAGGCCUGCCGAGGAGUUUGACAAUGACCCAUCAGUGGAGGCAAUGUGGGCAAUCAAGGCGUAUGAGCACGCAGAGAUAUACUUUAACAUAUUAUGUUCGGUGGAUCCUAAGCUCCUAAGACUGACACCGCACGAUGAUUUGAUCUACAAAUCAUUUAGAGAAUCGUUUCCAGACUUUAAAGUAGACAAGAUUAACGAGGAUGAGCUUAAGUCGCCGGAAGGAAAAGCAAAGUGGAGGCCGUUUUGCGAACAAUUCAAGGAGGUUGUAGAAGACUACAGUUUCGGCACCCUGGUAAGGGCGGAUUGUGAUGGAGAAUAUUCUGAACAAAACAGCAUACUAACAUCCAGAAUCCAAUUCUAUGCUAUUGAGUUGGCAAGAAACAGGGAAGGUCUGAAUGACAAUAUCAGAGGGAAGUACAAGCCCAGAACGGCCCCUAAGUAGUAAUAUUCCAAUACUUUCACUUCACAAAACCGAGGUUGGCUGAUUUAUUUUUGCAACUAUGCAUUUAGCAAAUCUCAUUAUUUGCUUAAUACUUGCAAAGCUACUAAUUUUAUGGUCCGCUAAUAUGUAAUAAAUCUUAAGAAAAUAUUUACAGUAAAAAAAAAAAAAAAACAGCAUCGCCUAAUUUUCUCCGAUC